AGGUGUUUUUGUUUAGCUUCGUUCUUUGUCAAAAUACUUCUAAAUAUGUAACGCAAAUAUCUUCUUUUUGUGUCGAUGGGCUGAAUUAUUCAUAACUAGAAUUGUCUCUGAUGCGAGCCUAGUGACUAUUUUUAUAAAGAGACUUAAAACUUCAAUGGUUACACUUACUUGUGUACGGUAGUGUGGACGCUAAUUUCUUGAAGGAGUGAGUGGUACUCCGUGAAAAAUGAGUUUGUCUGAUCGCAAGAGUAAGUGGGAUCAGCCCAACAGUUUUCAAGAUGCAAUGAAUUCAGCGUCUACUAGUAGUCUUGAAGCAGCUUCUGCAGCUGCAGCUAAAAUAAAUGCCAUGUUGAUAGCAAAGGGAAAAUUAAAACUUCCUGCCACUGGUGUCACAACUACAAAACCUGUGAACAAAGGAACUACACACAGGGAAAAAGACUACCCUCCAAUAUUGGAUCAUGUAUGGCAGGAAGAAACUUUUCGAACUUUGGCUCCUCCGCCAACACCUCAAUCAAAUCAAAAGAAAGAAGAGCCGAUCAUCGCUGAAAUUGAAAUCAAUGACGUUCCUCUUAGCUGUAGGAAUUUAUUAACCAGGGGAGCUACCCAAGACGAGAUAAGCAAAAACAGUGGUGCAGCAAUUUCUACCAGGGGCAGAUACAUGUCAUAUGAAGAUAGAGCAAAAAACAAUAUGGGGGAACGGCCUCUGUAUCUGUGUGUUCAGGGCCCUACACAAGAUAGUGUUGACGCUGCAGUAGGAAGAAUAAAAGAAAUCAUAUCUGGUAGUAUGAAGCCCAAGGGUCAGAAAGGUAGUCUUGUUGGCAUGACGUCGAUUAAUACUGUACCGAGACCGUCAUUGCUACCUCCUCCACUUAUGUCACUGCCAUCUCAACCUCCUUCUACUGUGACAGGACAUCAUUUUAUUCAAGAAAAAGUUUUUGUUGGACUGGAACAUGCCCAUCCAUCAUUUAAUGUGCGUGAUAAACUAAGUGGUCCAGGGGGGUCUUUUAUUCAACAUAUUAGAAUGGAAACUGGAGCGACCGUGAUAUUACGAGGAAAGGGUUCUGGGUACUUGGAACCAUUAUCUGGUAGAGAAGCUUUUGAACCUAUGUAUAUAUACAUAACACACCCAAAGCUUGAUGGUAUAGCAGCUGCCAAGAAGCUUUGUGAUAAUCUUGUUCAGACAAUUCAUGGUGAAUAUGCAAAGUUCCAGAGUCAAAUCGUUGCAGCAGCUGCUCCGUCGGGCGGUCUUCUCCCAUCACCUCAAGGAGUACCAAAUGUUGCCACAGUUGGUGCUGUUAAUGCAGGUAUAAUGGCUAUCAUACCUCCACCAGGCAUGACUACCCAGAUGGUCAUGGCUAGACCAACCAUGUCCCAUGCUCCACCAGCUCAACCAGGUGGUAUACGCCAACAACAAACUCUUCUGACACAAGUUACUGUUGCUGUUCCUCUCACCUCGUCCUCAAUCCUCACAACACCUCACGGAUUUCAACAAAUUGGGUCAGCAACAACUGCAGUUAUGCCAACACUGCAGCACCAUGCACCGGCACUUUUACAGGCUGCUGCUAUUCAACAACUCCAGCUACAGCAGCAACAACAGCAACAGCAGCAACAACAACAGCAGCAGCAACAACAGCAGCAGCAGCAGCAACAAUUACUACAACAGCAAUUACAACAGCAGCAAUUACAGCAACAGCAGCAGCAGCAGCAUCAGCAAUUACAGCAUGCUCAGUUACAAGCUGCUCAGCAAAUAUUGACUGUGCAGGCUUCGAUCCCAAAUAAUAUAAUACAGCCAGGAGUUCAACCGCGACCUAUUCAGACCCCGGCAAGAAUCAAUAUUAUACAGCAUCAGUUGCAGCAGCAGCAGCAGCAGCAGCAGCUGCCUGUGCCACCACCCAUUUCACUUCCACCACCGAAAGAAGCCCUAGCACCACCACCUCAGCCUCAGCCGAAAAGAAGAUUCACAGAAGAUCCAACAGCUGAUGAUAAACACGAGGAAGGAUUACUUGGAUACCAGCAUGGACCUCCUCACUUGACUAAUCUAGGUGCUCAACCUUCGUCCGGCCCCAUGGGUCAGGUUCCGCCACACUUCAGAAUGCCUGGACAGCCGCCAAUGCAGCUACUACCAGGUAGCCCCUCCGUAAAUACAGAUGAUAGCAAGUUGAUGCCGCCGCCUGCAUCAUUGCCAGUGAGCAUGCCCCUUAAUGGGGACAAAGACAAGCAGUUAAUGCCCCCACCACGUAUGCCUGUUACCGUAGGUAGAACACGAUCGCCGUCACCGGAUGAACCUCAACAGAAAAGAUCUAAGACUUCAUUAGUGGCGUACGAAGGAGACUCUGACGAAGAUGAUGAACUAUCAAGUGGAAGACAUCUUCAACGAAUUGCGGCAAAAUAUGAACAUCAUCAUUACCAAAAUAAACCACAAAUUUAUGGCAAUGGUCAACAUGUGCCACCACCACCACAUGGCCAGUUCUCUCCACAUUCAAAUUCAGUGUACAGUCCCCCACCUGUUUCCGGUGUUCAGACAGCUCCACUCUCCUCACAACCCCAGCCACAAGUAAGCCACCAAUACAACAGUCCAGUAUACAGUCAGCCCCACGUGCAUUUCAGUCAGUACAAUCACCAGUCAUUGAGUGUCACUCACUCAAAUGCACCUCCCCAUUAUCAAGCACCCAUGUCACAGCUUCAGCUGUUGCAAUCACAGCAACCUCCACCACCACAUCAAGUGCAUCCUCAGGGCCCUCCACAGCAGCAGCAGCCGCCACAGCAACAUCAGCAGCAGCCGCCGCCACAACAACAGCCUCAACAACCUCCACCUCCAUUGUCGUUUUGGAUGCCACAGCAUAAUUAAUUUACUGUAUUUUCUCUAUCAGAAAUGCUUCUCCAAUAGAAAUGCAUAUGAACCAAAAAUUGCAUUUAUAGUAUAUUGGAUCAUUAAAAUGACUUAGAUUGACCAUAGAAACAUUUACCUAACCACACAUGCAUUACAGGUAGAGCAAAUAUUGUACAUUAUAAAUGAAAAGCCAGAGAACAAUGAACACUGUCACACUAAUGAAUAGUUCAGACAGAAUGAAAACUUAUCUUUCUGUAAACAAUCGUUUUAACCAUUAUAUAUGAUAUAUAUAUUAAACAUUUUAUUUCCUUUGUUUGAAAUUCUAAAUCUGUAAUUCUUUCCUUCCUGAAAUUUUGACUAUGCAAUUGUGUCAAUUCUACUUCAGGUAACUCGAGUAAUGCUACUAGGGCUGAUAAGUGAAUCGUUUUGAGUUCGUUUUAAAUGUACAAUUUCAGUUUAAAUCUCUUAAAUAGGAAUUACCUAUAGAUAUAUUUGUAAAUAGAAUGUGUGGGUCAAUUUGUCUGUUGAUUUGUUUUGUGGAUACUUUAAUUCAACUUGAAACGUUCAGUAUCUAAAACUGUUACCUUUUUUUCGGGGUGGGUGAAGUUUCAGUUCACCAAAUUUACAAUAACAAAGGUAAGUAUACUUGCAGUGAAAGGCAUAAAGCUGGAGAUGUUGUACAUGUUUUAUAAAUUAAAAAAAAAAGGUGGCAUGUAUAUCACUACUUCAACUUCAUCCAAUUGGCAAGCCUUUAAUUUUGAAUAAGUGGUUGAUUGCAGUUGCUGUGUCACUUGAAAGCUUGUAUGCACAUCCUGAGUGAGGACCCUAAAAGGCUGUCAAGCCAACUGUUAAAUAUUUGUAAACUGAAAA